AUGGGUCCAAAAAAAGCAGACAAUACAAGUAAAAGCCGUAGACAAUCUCAAGUUGCUCUGGCAGCAACAGAAGAUCAAGAAAAUCAGCAAUGCGUUGGUCGAUUUGCUGUUGAUUUAGAAUUUUGUUGUCGUGAACCAUCUUCAGGUUAUCCUGUAAAUAUUCCUGUGUACAUUCGUGGUCACCCACCGCCAUCAUCACAGAUUCCUUCAGUUUCACAACAAUCAGGUACCCAUUCAGGAGUAUCAGUUACUCCAUCGCUUGUUGGUGGUAUUGCUGAAGAACAGAUGUCAUCUCAAUUGAAGCGAUUAUCGCGUGGAAGAAUUCCUUCUAUUAGCCAGAGUGGAAUUUUGGCAGGUGUUGAUAAUGAUAAUAAAUCAUCUAGUAUUCCAGAACCAUCGAAAUCGUCUUCAUCACAUUAUACGACAUUUCAUCUAAUACGUGAUAGUGAUUUCUUUCAUCCAAAAUUAUUAGUAGAUUCAAUCGGUAAUGAAAAUGAACCAAUAGAUCAAAUAAAUGCUCUUUAUAUGAAAGCUUGGCAACUUGAUCAACGUUUUAUUGAUAUUUUGAAAAAGAUUCUUCCAUUACAAGAACAAUUACAUACUCUCAAUUUUUGUUUUGUUGGUUUGAAUGAACAAACUAUUUAUGGUUUCACUGAAGUUUGUCAAUCAAUCAAAAAUUUAAAAACUGUCUCGCUUGAUGGAAAUCCAUUAGCUGCAGAACAUUUUCAUAUAUUAAUUGAAAAGGAUACUUUAAAAAUCGCUCAUCUUUCUCUUCGUUUUUGUAAAAUAACUGAUAAGGGUGCUGAACGUCUUGCUCAUGUUCUUGGAAAUAUGUCAGUUCAAAAUUGGAAAUUAUUAACCUUAACUUUAUCCGGUAAUCAACUUGGUGAUAAUGGUGCAAAAUCAUUUGCAAAAGCCUUACGUUAUAAUCGUACAUUAAUUUCUCUCAAUCUUUCAUCGAAUUUUAUCACCGAUAGAGGUGCUUGUGCUAUAGCAUUAGUUUUACGAAAAAUUAUUCUUACAGAAGAAGAAAUAAUUCAACGAAGACAUUUAUUAUCUAAUCGUUAUGAUGAAAGACAUUUAGAUGAAAUAAGAAAUAAUGCUCCAUCACCAACUCUUUCGAUUGUAUCAACAAAAAGUAAAUCAAGUCGUGAUAAUCGUACUGAUUUAAAACGUACAUUAGAUCAGACUAAACGUCGAAAAUCAAUCACAGGAAAAACUACAGAUAAACGUCAUCGAACUGAAUCUGGUGAUGAAAAUCGUCCACCAUCGGCAAAUAAGACUGAUCAAAAGAAAGGAAAAAGUGAUGGUACCGCUGGUCGAUCAUCAUCAGUUAAUCCCCAUCGGUCAUCUAGUGAUCAAGGAAGAGGAUCUGCACAUGGCCGCAAAAAGAAAUUAACACCAGGUGCUGGUUCUUCAUCGAAAAAAAAUAUAUCAAUUGUAAAAGAAGAAGAUGAAGAUAUAAUUGACGAAUUAACUCCUCUUCCAGUGCAACAGAUUGAACGUGAAAAUCCUUUAUUAGAAUUGAAUGACAUUGAAUCACAAAAUGGUGAAAUAAGUUUAAAAGGAAAUUUAGUUCUUUUAAAUUUAAAUUUAUCUCGAAAUUAUUUAACAUUAACUAGUGUUAAUGAAUUUCUUAUUUCAAUUCAAUAUCAAACAAGAUUAAUACAUAUUAAUGAUACAGCAAGUAUAUCAUCAACGACUGCUACAUCAAUUGAAUUUUCUGGCCUUUGUCGACUAGAACUUAAAGAUAUGAAGGAUAUAUCUGUAAAAUCUUCUAUCUAUCAAUCAUUAGAAACUCUUCUUUUUCAUAAAAAUCCAUUAAUUCGCUUGCAACAAAUUAAAGAACGUGAAGCAAAAGAAUUAUUAGAACAACAACAAUCGACUCAAGUAUCACAACCAAUUAUACCAGAAAAACCACGUGCUACAUCAAGUAUUAGAUCAAUAAGUCAACGACCAACAUCACGAUUGAAAGAUUGA